AUGACGGGGGACAAAGAUGGCUCCGUCUAUAUCGUGCAGACGCAGAUGCAGCACCAAACCAUCCAAGAAGCCGCCUCUUCAUCACCGAUCCCACCACCACCAUAUCCCAAGAUGAGCGCUCAACAGCGCCCCCUCGACGACUAUGACGAAGACCUGCGGCCGGCAGUCCUCGAGGGCCAUCGCGCCGAGGUCGCGGCCGGCAACGAUUGGAAUACCGUAGAGUACCAGUGCUGGAUAAGGGAGGACGGCGCCAGAAAUCAACAGAAGUCCGUGGAGAAAAGCGACGCCUUCCGGUACGUCCCUGACGUCGUCAAGCGACACCCAGACCGAGGCAACAUCGACCUCGCCACCGUCAAGCCAAAGGGCGCUGAAGCUGGCCCGCGGAUCCCAUGCAUCUUCUUCAUCCACGGCGGCAUUCGAAUCGGGUCGAACCGCUUCGUCGGUCUCGAAAGAGAGGGCUCGAAGUGGGCGAAGUGGCUCAACGCCAUGACGGUCAGCGUCGAGUACGGCCUAGCUCCGGAUAAGAAAGCCACGGAGCAGCUGGACAACUGCUACGAUGCUCUGCGGCACGUCUUCGCACAAAUCAAGCGGGGCGCGGCACCGUUCGAGAACGUCGAUGUGAAUAAGGUCAUCGUGUACGGCGCCUCUGCUGGUGGUGGGCUCGCUCUUUCACUCGCUAUCAAGUGGAAGAAUGAACAGCCUAAUCAAGCCCUGCGCGGUCUCUUCAUCGAGGCAGGCAUGCUGGACGACAGGGACAACACGGCAUCCUGCAAGCAAUUCAAGAAUACCCCAAUGUUCAACUGCACCCUCAAGCACCUGGGUUGGGCUGCUGCGCUCGGAGAAGAUCGUGCAGGAAAACUAAAAGAAUCAGAUGUCAAGCACUGGGAAGCUCCAGCCCAUGCCGAGGCCGAUGAUCUUCGGCGGAUGCCACCAACCUAUAUGUUCGUCGGCUCAGCCGAUCCGCUCUGCGAUGAGAAUAAGAGGAUGGCGCGCCUUCUGGAGGAAGCAAAUGUCGAUGUCGAGGCUCGUAUCUGGAGGGGUGCCUUCCACGGGUUCUUCGCUGCGGUGCCCAAUGCCGAAAUCUCCAUACAGGCGGUGCGAGACGGCCUGGGCUGGAUGAAGCGGAUCCUCGGGGUUGAGUUGGGCGAAGCUGGGUAUAACAAGAUGGAGUUGACGCGUUUGCCCAAGCUGGAGACCUAUAUCAGUCACACGGCGACGUGA